CGAGCUCGGAGUCGGCGGCGGCCGCGGCGCCGGCGUCGCCGCGUUCUGUGCGCAAGAGGUUCGGCUCCGCCAGCGAGGAGACCAUACUUAAGCAAGUGAACGGAGGCAACGAAGGCGGCUGCGUAUCGGCGGCUGAAUGGGACGCCUUCAAGCAGGAGAUGAUGAAGGAGAUGCGCCGCGAACUCACGCAGAUCAAGAAGGAGAUACUAGACGCAAUGAAGGCGGAAUUCGCGCGCAGAUAAGAGAGCCGCUAGGUCGUCGAGUGACAAACUAGUCCACCGCCAGCGACCGCGAACAAAUAUUUGAAAACACCAGCACGGUACCAUUCACUACUAAUAUCAACGAGAAACCACCAAAAAUCAGCAUUAAUACUAUAGUUAUAACUAAACUACCAAUCGGUAAUCGAUAUUGAUGCACCACAACACUAUUCACGAGCUGUCAGUUUGACACAAAACUCUAGAUUGUCUACGGCUUCCCGCGCUUUCUGUGAAGAUGUCUUUACUACUUUUUGUGUAGUUUUUUGUCAUUGUCUAGCUAUGGCGCUGUUACAAGCUGAGCUAAAUAUAAUUUGGCGCUUUUUGAGGUAAGUGUAUUGCCUUCAUUUAGUUUUUUUGUCAUCUGCGCUCUGUACAACAAAAUGAAAGGAGGCUGUCUUUGUGACAUUUUUAUUUUUAAAUAUGAGACAGAAGUGGACGAAGGAAUACACAAAUAUAAUUUUAGUAAUUAUCAAAUAAUAGAAAAUGUUCUAAAACUUAUAAUUGAAACCUUACCCAGUUAAACACAAAAUGCAUCUAGCACUGAUUAAAUAUAGGUCGAAUUAUUUCGCUACUAUGACUGCUUUUAGCUAAUUUUUCUGCGAUUAAUGCUAAUAUACAUUUUUUGACUAUUUAUCAAUGUACUAUUGUAUUCUAUAAUUAAUAUUGUAUGCAUUUUUGAGAGUUUUCUUAGCGAAAUGUAUGUAAAUGUUGACGCCUAAAAUAUUUACCCAAUGUUCUAAAGCUGAUAUUGAACUGAUUUACUAUUUUAAUGUUUAUCCCAAUACCUACUUAAAUAAAUAAAAGUAAUUUCAGUAGCCUAAUUUUGUUGCAAAUGGCCUUUAGAUAAUUUAUGGAAUAUCUUUGAUUUUACUUAAUGGAAAAGGUUAAAAACCUUUUAAAGUGAGAUACGUGGAGUAAAACAGAACAAAAAUAUUUGUUCGUCGGUACCGGGGGUAUAUUGUGAUCAAAGCAACGUACUACGUAUAUAAAAUAAGGUCCGUCUGUCUGAUGGACGCGGUCUAACAACGACUAUCCAAUGGCAACACCUGAUGAUUACAGUUUUUGAAAAACAUUUUUGUGUUGCCAGUUUUGUUUUCAUAAUUUUCUUUUGCUUUUGUUGCAUCUUAAAUGGUUUGAUAAGAUGCUGUGAUGCCAUAUUUUAUUUAUUAUUGACAUAAUCAUCGUGUUUGUAUUUAUUAAUCAUAAUAAAACUGUCUCUCUUUCAUUAGAUUAAGAUGUCAGUGUUGCAAGUGUAAAUAAAGAAAAACUACCAAAUCCUCAAGUGUUGCCAGCACAAAAAAUCGGUCUACAUCCGCUUCGAUGUCGAUUCCUAUCAACGUAUAAUUCGAAAUGACGUGUUUAUAAAAAGGCUGUUGUCGAGACAAUCAACCGAUUGGUUCGUAUAAUCGAGAUUGGUAUAAUUAGUAAUUAGCGCACGAAUCGAAGCAUAAAAAGAGCAAGUUGUGUUUUUUUAAUUUUAUACUUAAAAAUAUUUAUUCGGAUACGUAUUAUGUACGUAGUUUUUAAGGAUACUGUUUAUACUGUCUUCAGUAUUGAGUUUUAUAUUUAAAAGCAAAUAUGAAAUGAAACUGCGAUGUAUGUUUAUUUAUUUUUGUAAUAACAAUACAUAGCUUUACAAUUUCAAACUAUAGCAAAUACCAAAGUCUUUGAGUGUUAAUUUUAAAAACAAUUUAUGAAUCAGAGUUACAAACUUUAUUAUGUAUCUGUUACAUAAAACUCAAUAUUGAAUUCCGGUAAACGUUGAUAAAAAUAAAUAUGUGUAAUAUUCAUGUAGUGUAAUUAGUAUUACUCUAUAUUUAUUGACUUUACGUCAAGCGACGGUAUAGCGUAAGAUAUUAUACAUAAAGUAAUAUAUUAUAUUACAUAACAUACAUAUGCUAUGGCAUCGCCUCUGUUGCCGAGCGAUUAAAAUGUAUAUUUCACUUUUAAAAUAUCUGGACACCCUGUAUACAAAACAUUUUAUCGAGAAAGUCUUCCAUAAAAAUAAGUUUUACCUGUUUCAGUUUGAAUAUGAAUAAUUUCUUUUCGAGUUUUUGAAAUAGUGAAAAUGUAACAUUUAUUUUUGAUUUUCUUUUUUUAUUUAGUUUUUUUUUGUAGGCAACACUGUUGUUUUUUUGGCCAGGAUUAUACCUCAGGUGUCCAUUAUAAUCACACGAUAGGCCAAACUAGAUUAAGACGCUUUAUAGAUCGCUCCCAUUAAAUAUAAUAAGGUUUAUAGUAAUCUCACCCACUCUCUCGGCAACAGAGGCGAAAACGCCGUAUACUAUACAAAAUGUAUCACACAAUUUUAAAAAGUACAUGUCAGUAGCAGUACAUAAAAAAAAAUGAGGAUUCAUAAAAAUGCGUCGACGUUUUGAUCGUUAUUUUUUAGUUAAUAAGAGAAGUUGGACUGAUAUACCAUUCCAAUCACAGACCGAGUGAAGGCCUAUGAUUUUCCAAACGUACAAAACACAGACCGUAAACACCAAUUUUUUACUAUUUACAUUUUUGUACGUGACACUAACGAAUAACGUAGCGAACAAAAUUAAAUAAACGAUUGGCUUUUUUUA